GAGAGAAAGGGAAAGGGAAAGGAAAAGAGAGAUAGAGAUAGUGUAUAGAUAUAGAAAAAGAAGGGAGAGGAUAGUGGGGCGGAAAUUGAUGUGGGUUUUAUAAGUGCGGUGAUUUCAUACGCCUACCUUUCCAAGUAACCCAUUUUAUCUCUGUCUCGUUCUACCAUCUCAGUUUUCAGUGUCUUUCGUUUAGUGGUAUCCGCUUAGCGGAUAGAUGUCAUAUCCAUGAGCCAGGUUGCCUUCUUGAAAGGUGCAUGUCUACAUUCCAUGUGUCGACACGCUGCAUUUCCGCGGCUAAAAUCGCAAGCGCAUACGGCGAUAGAUCGUACUAAGAGAAAACUCGUUUACAGCGCAGGUACUACACGGAUACGACGAUUUUAGAAUCGGUCUCUAAACUAGAGAAAGAAGAGGAAGAAGAAGAGAACGACGCGAUUAUGUGUGUCAUGAAAUUGGAACGUAGUAGCUUAUAAAAGCUUUAUACUUGAUUAAAUGGACGUAGAUGUAGAAUGUUCAAUAUGACGUAGCUUAUUUAAAAAGAUAUUCAAAAAGCCUCGGUGCGCAAUGCGACAUUUACGUAAAAUAUAUUGGCUAUUUUGGGUGGGUCUACCAACACUCACAGCAUAUCCUCUAUCAACGCCGUAUUUAACAGAUUCGCAAAACGAUCAAGAAUCAUUACAAUGGGAACGUUAUUGGAUAAGAUAUACGGUUACUCUUUUGAGUUUAACCAUUGCUGCUUUUGCUAUCAUUGGAUGUUUAUGCUGCAGAAGACCAAGGCGUACUAUUGGAUUUCAGGACAAAGCAGGAAAAUGUAAACAGGAAUUCAAGAAUGGAAGCAGCACAGGCCCAGAGUUACCAUUUGAACAAUCAGUAGAAGGUUUAGCGAUAGAUGUUCCACGAAUGAUAGCAUUGACAGACAGAGUACAAUUUGAACCUCUACCAGUUGACCGAAUUGUAUCAGGACCAAAGGUUCCUUCUCCAACAAAACCAUCUUCCAUUUCACAUUUAUCUUUUACGGGAGAAUUUAAUGAAGAUAAUGCUAUGUUACAAAAGCCUUGUAAGGAAUGGUUCGAAGCUGAAGAUCUUUAUGUACCUAGAGAAAAAUUAAAAUAUUUAAGAGAACUAGGACGUGGUUGGUUUGGCAAAGUUGUAGAAGGUCGUGCAGAUUUAGAUCAAUCGAAAGGAGCAUUGAAAAAUGGUGGGGUUGUUGUAAGAAUUUUGGCAGAAGAAGCUACGAUGAAAGAGAAAGCUUGGUUCCUAGGAGAAGCUACACCAUAUCUUAAAUUACACCAUCAAAAUGUUUUAGCAUUACUUGGUUUUUGUUUAGAAACUGAUCCAUAUUUAUUAUUAUUUGAGUCUUGUCCUGCUGGUGAUCUUAAAGGAUUUUUAUUAUCAAAUCAUGAUAAAAAAUCUCAAGAAGCAUUAUUAAAAGAAAAUGUUCCCACUAGAAUGGCAUUGGAAAUAGCUGCUGGUUUACAACAUAUGCACAAUCAUGGUUUUGCUCAUACCGAUUUAUCGGCAAGAAAUUGUUUGGUUGCUCCAGAUUUAUCUGCAAAAUUAGGAGAUUAUGGAACUGGUGUUGAAAAAUAUCCUGAGGAUUAUUACAUUGUUGGAGAUCGUGCUUUACCUAUUAGAUGGUCCGCACCUGAGAGUUUAGACUGUACUGAUACUACUAUUGAAACUCGUCAAAUUACAUUACAAGCAAACAUAUGGAAUUAUGCUGUACUCUUAUGGGAAAUUAUUAACUGGGGUAAUAGACCUUAUGAUAAUAUGUGCGACGAGGAAGUUAUACAAAUGCUUUUAUCUCUUAAAACUGAUUUUUCACUAAACAAUGUGCAACCAUUGCAUAACUGUCCUGAAAAUAGUCCCUCCAAUAUAUUACACGUAAUACGCACAUGUCUAAAUACAGAUGCAAAAAAGAGGCCUUCUUUAAAUGACAUAAGACAAAAUUUACUUACCGAACAUAUAGAACAAGAAGAUUUUGAACAAUGGGAAAAUUUACAACAAACAAAUACAUCAAUUAAUCAUACACGAAGUGCUAGUUUACAAAAUCUUCGUGGCAGUAUUGAUUCUGAUCAUUGGACAAGUGUGAUCAAUGAGAAACCAUUAGAAACAUUACAAUCUUCUUUUCGACUUGGACCAGAUGAACCGGUUAAAAAUGUUAUGAAAGUGGACAAUUUAUUUAAUACAACACAAGAAUCAGGAUCUGAAACUGAAGAAGAAAGUUGGAGAGGUAGAAUCGAACGAGGAGUUUAUACAGAAAAAGUUAAACAAAAAUCUAAAUCGGUAACUGAUCUUAUGGUACUCGUACAUAUUGAUCCAGAAUCAGAUGGGGAAUUAUCUAUGGGUACACAAAUGACAGAGAAAACUAUUAAGAAAAGAUUAUCCACCACUGGUAGUGAUAGUGAUCUAACACGUAACAUGAUUGUGGAUGAAUUUGACGAAGCAUUAAGAAAAUUAAGAAAUCCUAUACAAGGUGGUGAUGUAUCUAAUAAAACUAAUAAAUCAAUAAACAAUUUAGAAAAACCAAAACUUCUGACAUUAACUAUGGAUCAGGAACAAACACCGAUCCUAAGGUUAUCAUUGGAUUCUAAAGAAGAUUCUAUUGUUAGUAAUAAUCUUUCUGUUUUAAAUACAAGUGCAGACAGUGUACGUAGCGAAGAACAUAUAUUAAGAUUAUUAUCAAAAGGUGAUCCAAAUCUUCCUCUUCUUCGUUAUGUUCCUGAUUGCAAAUCUUCUUGUGUAGUUUUGGAGGAUAAAAGUGAAACUCAAUCUGAUAACACUACUAUUAAUAAUGAAAAUAAUGAAUCUUGUUUUUCUAACAAUUUCUCAUUUCAAAACCUUGAUACUAAUCAGAAUAAUUUGGUAGACGUUCUUCUUUGGAAUCAUGCGCUUGAUUCAGCAUUGGAACACAAAAUACCAGGAUUUUCAGAUGAAGGUGAAUUUAAGGAAUUCAUAGAACCUACUGUAAAUCAAGAGAAUAAUGCUACUUUGGAACUUUCUAUGUCUACUAAUGUUGCAGAAGAUAAUGAACAAUUUGAUAAAGAAAAUUCUGUCUACAACCUUAAUGAUUUAUCAAAUACUGAAGAUAUAGGAAUCGUUCGUAAAGUUUUGAUUAAUGAAUACGAAGAAAGAAAACAUUUAUCUACACCUGAUGAUGAACAAAGUUCAGAUUCUGGUUUUAGAGACAAAGAAUCUUGCGAAGAGGAAGAAAGUAUGUGUCCACCUUGUGAUCAAACGAGUUCUCAUGACAACACAUCUGUUACACAUGUGCCUACAACUGAAGAUGAACAGCUACAAGUUUUAUUAGAACUCGAUACUAUUUUAGAUGCUGAAUAUUAUUCAGUACUUCCUGAAUCUGAUAAUUCUGUAGUAACGAAUGACACAAACAAUAAAACAAAAUAUGAAAAUUCAAAUAUAACAGAUAUAGAAGGUCAAAAUACCAAUAGUAUUUUAUCAAAUGAAAUUACUACAAACACAUAUGUAGAACAAGAUGAAGAAAUUGGCACUCAAUAUUUAAAUAAGGAUGAUCUUAUGGAAGAUGAAGAUCUAAAACUCACAAGUAAUAUACAAAAUGGUGAUCUUAUAGCAUCUAGUGAUUAUUAUGACGAUACAAAUAGUUAUGUAACCAAAAAUUCCAAAGAAAGCAACAUUUCUUCCCUUGAUACAAAUAUAAGAAGUAAUACUGAUGAAGGUACAGAAAAUUAUAUACAAGAUGAAAAUGGACAUGAAAAUGAGGAGGAAGAUAGCUCAACUAUGAGCAUGUGUAGCGACAACUCUUAUGUAUCUUUUGGCAUGGAAGAAGAAUUUGUCACGGCAAUUAGAAAUGAGCUUAGAGAAAAACUUCCACGUGCACAAAUGCCUAUAGUGGAACCGUCCGAACCACGUGAUGAAGAAAUUUCUUCUAUUACCAGCGAUAUUGAAAAUAAACGUUGGGACGAUGAUGAUAAUGAAGAAUCUCCAGAUCGAAGUACUAGCAGUAUAGAUAUUUCUAUCAGAUAUAAUCUUUAUGGAACACCGUUAAGUCCUAUUUUAGAAGAACGAGAAAGCACCGCAACUUCUGAGUCUUUAUUAUCAAAUUCAAGAGAUGCAUCUAUUGUAUCUAAAGAAUCAGUACCAUCUGAAGAUGUUUUGUUAGUUGAUACUAGAACAAAUAAAAUGAUAUUGUUAGAGGGAUCAAGAGAAAAACAAUUACAAGAUGAUGAUCAUGAUACAACUAAUGGAGACAUUUCUGAAGAAGAAAAUGUUGAAUAUAGUUCAUCAUCGAUGCAUACAUUCGAUGAUAAACCUCAUGCUAUGAUUGCAAUUGGAGGAGCACCAUUACCAAGUCCUGAAGAAGAAACCAAAUGGCAACAAUUACCUUCUUCUUUUCCAUUACCUUUACCUUUACCUUUACAAGAUGAUUUAAUGUCUACAAGUUUUGCUACAGAACGUGAUUGGGAUAGUCAAGACGAUGAUGAAGUAGGAGACGAAGAAGGGGAAGAUGAGGACAACAGCUCUAGCUCAGGUGAAUUUGUUUGGAAGAGAUACAGUGAACCACAUGCGGAACAAUUACAAAUCAGAAGUACUAUGAGCAAUGAAAAAUUAGAAGUAGAACAGAAUGACAAUGCAAAAGAAGAGGUUGUUGAUGCAGAAGACGAAGAAGAAGAAGAAUUUACACCAUCUGCUUGGAAUGCAACAUUAGCACCACAUAGGUCUGCAUUAAGGUCUCCAGAUAAAACAUUAAAAAGCGGAGAUCAAAAGAAGAGUGUAUGGUUCAAGAAACAACGCUAUCAUUGUGUAUAUGAGUAUCCAAAAGAAACAUUAGCUAAUGACAUCCAAGGUACAGCUACCACCACUACAUGGGAACCAACUUCGUAUACAGAUUGGGAGGAACUAAUGAAUGAGCCAAGAUUAGAUAUGUAUUCUUUGGAUUAUGAAGAUAUAAAUCGAGCUGGUAAUGAAGAAUUUUAUGUGAGUAGUUCAAAUCGUCCAUUUCAAUUUCCAACCAGCGAUAGUAAAUAUGUUAGUCAAUUCUUUCCUGGUGCUUGUUCUACAUCAUUAAAUGUGGAAGAACAAGAUGAAGUGGAUUGUAAUCAGGAAGAAGAAAAUACUAAUAACCAGACAACAAAUGAGCAUGAACAUUUUAAACAAUAUCAAUUAGGAGAAUUAAGGCAUACGAGAGAUCGCCUAAAAUUAAAUUUAUUAGCAGGAAAUAAUACAGUAGAUACUACUUUCGUUCCUCUAAAACAAGUAUAUGAAAAUAAUAAGGAAGAUCUAUCAAGAAUUGAAAAAACGCAUACAUUAGAUUUGUUGGAAAAUAUGAAAGUAACAACGGAAGACCAAUGUAAUUUGUCAAAUUUGGUAGAUGACAAUACUUUGCCAAAGGUGCCUCAAGAGGAUUUUCAAUGUGAAGUGGAUGAUAAUGAUCCAGUUACGUCAAAAAUUUAUCCAAAAAAUGACAAUGAAAGGAAAAUUGAAUCAGCUAAAAGUGUAGCGUUCUAACACUUGACUGAAGAAGAAGUAAAUUAAUGGUGCACAAUGAUAUUUUGAGGAAAUCAGUUUAAUUGAAGUCCGUCCGAAACAAUUCAUUGUGGAAGUGCAGUGGUAAUUGGUGCCGAGGAGAUUGAUAUUAUUGCAAUAUCGAUAUUUUAUGACUGUAUAUAUAAAAAAAUUAGUAUUAAAAUGUAAAUGUAACAAAAGUAAUGUACAGUAUAUACCAAUGAGUUUUUUGGAUUGAUUCGGAUAUUGGAUGCUACGAAGAUAAAAAAAAACAACAGAAUUAUAUGGUUACAAGUAAUCAUUACUGUGACUAUAAACUCUGCCAAAUGAUGUAGAAAAACUGAAAGUACUGUAAUAUUUGAGCAGUGGACAGCUCUUUAAGCCUUUCAUUCAUCGAACAAUUUUGUGCCUAUUUUAUAAGUACUAUUUCUAUUCGUUUCAGUCUUGACACCACAGGCUUUAAAUUUUAAUAAUAAAAAGUAGUAACAUUUCAAAAUAAUGAUGAUAGUCAAUAAAGGGCUAUUCAGUGCUUAUGUACAGUAUAUAUAUAUAUAUAUGAAUCAUUUGCAUAAUUAAAAACGAGUGUUAUAUAAUGAAAUUGAUAUUUAAAUUCAAGAUUUUGUGCAAUAAUGAUCAUGUGUAGUUAACAAAUGGCUGAACAUAGUUUGUUAUUAAAAAACAUUUUAUUAGAAUUUAUCAAUAUAUGUAGUUGCAUGAUUGCAUACACAUGAUGUACAAAGAAAAAAAAAAUGUGUUAUAAUAUGUUUAUAAGGUGCUCUAGCAUAAUAUCAAAUAUGUUGCACAAUCUAAAAUUACUGACUUUAUCUACAGUACAUUUCGUAUUUAGCAACAAAUUUGUUUAUGCUAUGACAAAACUAUUAUAAGUAACUUUGUAAUACAUGUAAAUAUUUAUAUAUUUAGAUGAUAAUCUAUUAGUUGAUUAAUUGAUAUAACAUAAAUCUUGUGUUGCCAAUAUUUUGAUAAUACAUGAUUUAUUUAUCAUUAAUCAUAUUUAAUAAUACAAAUGAUCAAAAUGUUGAAUAUUUAAUUAAUCAACCAAUAGAUGAUAAUAAUCUUUACCAACAGUAGCAGCCUAAUUAAAAUUUCGCUACACACACUUUACCCAGUCAAUCACGAUCAAUGCUCAUUUAACUAUUUACUGUAUCACUUUUAUGUUUUUUCUUGAUAUUAUUAAUUAUAGGUAAAAGCAUUUGUUUUAAGCAUCACAGCAUUGCAAAAAAGAAUUCUACCAUGACUUAAUGCUUAUUUUUAGCAACCGCAAAAUGUUAUUUGACAAAUCAGUUUAUACGAGGCAACGUGAUAGUGUUAAUCUCUAUGUAUUGUUAAUAGAUCUGUGAUGAGAACGAAAUAUAUAGUUGUAUUUCGGUCAAUUUUGUAACGAAUCUCU